GACAGAAUGCAUGGAGUGACUGAGUGAGGUCCUUUUGUACUAAGUGAGGCAGAAGCAAUAUCGGUGUCACACGGCUGUUCAUUAUUUUCGUGCCCAAAAUGGUGGCUAUUGAGCUGCAUGCCGAUGAAAUCGAAUCUAGGAAACAAGUGACUAACGUUUAUCAGUUUCGUCACACUUUCAUCGAGAACUUACUUUGGAUCAGCCACAGUCUAUAUGCACGUUUUCAUCACUACCUGAUUUUCGUCUGCUGAAGGUGCACGUGCCAAUGUCUGGGCCGGAUUUGUGCCAUUUUCGAAAGCCGAAAAGAAGAGAAAUGUUCUUGAUGAUCUACGGUGGUAUACGACUAUAGAAAGGAAAGAGUAAAAUUUUUUUGCUCAUUUGCCAGAGUGAUUUAUCCAUAGGAAAGCUGUAUCAUAAAUAUUACAGUGCCAGACAUGUUUAUUAACAUCUAUCAAGUGACUGUCAAUCUUGUUCACAAUAUGUACGGCACCGUAUUCCACGGAACACAUUUCGCUCUACUAACAAUCACCAAAAUAGAGCUUUUAGUCCUCGAUAAGGAUUUUUCCAGAGCCCGAUAUGGGCAUGCGCGACGGAAAUGUGCCUUCCUUCAAACAGUUGUGAAUCCCACGGUCCCCGAGAAAGGUUUACAGAUAGCCACCUGCUUUGCCAUUUUGAGAUCAGUUCCGUUUGCGGAUCUUCUUGGUCACAUUACCUCGUCCACACCGCAAGCAGUUGUGGUUUAAUGGCAAUUAAAAGCCUCGGUUCCGGGGAAGUGGACGUUGAUCUCAUUAGUCUGAAAUAUUGUUGAUUAUUGGUUCAAUAUGGAGCACUUGAUGAAAUUAAGUGGUAGUGUUCCAUGCCUGUCUCUCAAUCCACUGGGGUCUUUUCACGACAACAGGUACUACAUCAACGACGAUUGCUUGACUAACCUUAACGAGAUCUACAACAAGUUGCAUAGCGAGGAUCCAAAUACUCGCCCAUUUCGUCGUGCCAUCGGCUUUUUAGAUGUUCUGAACAAGGAUCUAAUCCCUAUUUUAGUAGGCAACAAGGAUCAGCCUAAAAUCUUUUAUUCAACAAUCAAACUAUUAGUGGAACUUACUACACCUAUCGAAGGCCUCGCUUACAUUGAGAAUUCCAAACGGAACACAUCAAAGAAUAUUAUCGUCCACGAAUUAGAACAGCUUCUCUACAGUGUAAAGGAAGCAUUUUUAGAUGGUAAGGCUACUCUCGCUGUGCUCCGUCAUCUUCACCAUCUUUUAAAACAGCAACCGUUGUCGAGCGACGACAGUAUAUGCGUUAAUGAUUCACUGGCACUGAUUUAUAAUAUUCUUCACGUGCCUGAAAGACCUACUAAAGAGCUCUGUAAUGUUGAGGCAACUGGUGCUGCGAAGGCAGCCCAGCAAACAACGGAAAUCAAUUUAUCGCAUCUUCGUCAACCGCACUCAAACAGCAAUAGUUACGCGAUUGGUGAUCGACAAAAUCGGCUAAUGUGGAACUUAUUUGCACAAGGAUUGGAUCGUAUUCUCAUCAGUUUGCUGACGGAAUCAAUAAAGAACGACUGGAUAGCGAAUAUCGUGCAGCUGAUGGCCCUCAUUUACAAAGAUCCUUAUAUAGAAGAAAUGGAGAGAUUAGUGGAUACUUCUCGUCUUCUGACAUACAAAGUACCUGAGACUGACGAUGAAUCCAACGAUACGCCACCUCUGGCCGACCAUUACAACAGUCCACGCUUUCUGAAUUUGUCGUGUGACCAACCUUGUCUAAUAGGUGAAAGUUGCGCUGCACCCACUCGUGGAUUGCAAGCAACGACAAUUUUGUCAUCAAAAAUGGAUCCGGUGACGAGGAAAGCCGGAUGUAAUAAACGUCACAAGGUUUCCGGAGGAACAGAGUGUUCGUCUACCGUAACCUCUUCACUGCACGGCAGUCGAUUAAAUAAAUCAGAGCAUGACAGCCAAUUUAAUACAUCCAGCGAAUUGUUUUCGAGUGACGCUCGAUGUAAGCAGGGAAACCGUUGGAUGACGCAUUCUCGUAAAAGGAGAUAUUCGGGGCUUCGUUGUCAAGACAACAAUGAAAAGUCCGACAAAACAUUUAAAAGUAAUAUCGCUCCGGCUCCUUUAUCCUUUCCUGGAUCAGCCAAACAAAAUGCAGAAACGUACAUAAUGAGUAUGAAAGAUGAUACGAAAUCGGCGGAAGGGCUUUCAUGGAAGAGCCGCAAAUACGACCGGAAAACGAGCCGCUUUAUUAAGAUGAAAGUAUUUCAGUACACGCCAACAAAAGAGGACAUUUCGCAUCUACUGGCAGACUUUCUUGUUGAUUUUCUACUCAACGGCUAUAAUACCUUGGUGGGUCACCUUCAUCGGCAGUUGCUGAAACAGAAUGACGCUCCAUCAUUGUUGGACGAGGCUCCCUUUCUCUGGCUAAUCUCCUACUUUCUACCUUUCAUUUCAAAAUUGAAACUGGAUUUUGAACGGUUUACGAACGUCUUUACUAUUGAUCUUCUAUGCUUCCUGACGUGGGAGGUUGUUCGACAGGCGGAACUAUUCGAAAUGAAUUCCUUGCAGCCCACAAACGGCUUGGAGCGCUGCCAGCGACGUUUGCAUUUAGGCGUGAAGGCUAUAUGCGAAUACCUGCAAACAUUUGAAGUUUAUUCCUCCAGCAGAAAGGAUUUAACUCGAAAUAAUCAAUUAGAGAUCGGAAACUGCGGAGAAGAAUUUAUUCGUGAAUUACGUAGUUACCUUCCGGCCAUUCGGGAUCUUCGUCAGCUCUUUCUGCUCCAAUUACGUCAUUUUAAUCCCAUCGUUCAAAAUCGAGAGCAUCUCUGUAAUGUCAUCACAACCAACCACCUUUUACUGCUAGAGCUUGAACGAGCUGCGAAGCAAUCCCCACUCUCGGCGAAGAGCUUUGAUUUGAAGCAGCACUUGAAUCAGUUCUGCACUGAAACGAUUGUGAAUCGAUACGGCAUUGCGCUGGAGGAUUUCAGGACAAACAGCACUUUCGUCAACGAUUGCAUCCUCACUUUAUUGCAUCACGUAGGGGUAGAUUUAGGUCGUGCUGACCUCCUCUGUGAGCAGGAGAUUCUGCGUUCAUUUCGCGACAUAUGGGAGGAAGAUCUGAACAUAUGUGAUGAUUGGAAAGACCUGAUAGAAUAUGUUAUUCGGAAAUUCUUGCGCACCUAUCAGUCAAUCGGCCGUUUCCAUGUGGAUUCACCUAGCAAUCGCACAACUAGACUCUGUGAUCCACAGGAUUCAUGGUCAGCCAAAUCAGAGAACUAUGAAACUUCGAAGUUGUCCCUUCGAGUCAAGGCGGAGCACAGCACUGUCGAAAACGACACACCAAUCACAGAAGUACACAGCACCAAGACGGAACUAUUGAUCGCUCAGCUGAUGGAUUCAGGAUUCCAAAAACAAUUGAAUUGGAUUCGAUCUUCGUUAUUGACAGCUUGUUCAGCUCGAUUAGGCACCUACGCUGGCCAAGAAUUUCGCCAUCCUAUCACGUGUCUGAGUCUUCAGAUGAACGUGUCGUGUCCGAUAGUUCCUUGGACGGAAGUAGAAGCAUCCGCUCUACGUUCGGAAAUCUUUCUCUAUCUUCUUGAUCGUGUUGGUCUUUUUCCUCGCUCUGCACAAGGUGCCCUUUAUCCUCGAAUCCCGCGUGAGUGGUCAGCAGACACUGUGUUCAGCGUCGCUCUCAUUUUCGGCCCCGUCAGUCAAGAGCUGGUCGAUUUUGAUCUGUCUCUUUGCAAACAUACUUGAGCUACUCGUUUCGAUGUUAUCCUUCCAUUUCACACGUGAGACAUUCAGUUUUUAAAUGCUUUAACACUUUUGAGCGUAGAAGAGUUUCACAGGUGGCAACUACGUCAAGAUUUCUCCGUUGUUAGCGUAUCGAACAGGAGUCUUUUAAUCACUUUUUCAUUUUCUAUUCUCAUUUUGCCAUUAGACAAAAAUACAUGAACAGAUUGCUAUUUAUAGAAAAACCUAAAUGUAGUCACAUUAUGCAGGUAUUCUUCGAAAACGACAACGUUAAUGUUGACGGAGAGUCGAACAUUGUUAUUCAAUGUUCCUGGUUACUAAGGACACACUAGAAAACCUGUCAUUUCCAGACUGUUUGUGAAACAAAGUAAUGGUAUUUACUAUGCUUUGCAACUGUUGCAUUAUGUUAAAAGCUUUGUUGUGUGCAUACCUCUUGACUAGUUUAUGUAAGUUUUUGUCGGUAUUUUGGGCAACUGAACAGACGUCUUGCAGAGAAACACUAAUAGAUGAAUUUCUCAUGAUA